AUGUAUCCGGCGCAUAAUUUUGAUACGGGAGCCCAACCUCCCACAUUUGGCCCACAUUUCAAUCCGACACAACAACAACCCUAUCUUCCUCUCCAAGACCCUCUGAUACAAGGCGCAGAUCCAACAUCACCGGAGGUCUUCAGACAAAGCAUUGCAAACGUGCAGGAGCAGGUCAUUCAGCUACAAUCGUGUGCGAGGAGGGUGCUUUCUGGAAUCCAGAAUGCAUACCAGGCUGGGAAUUGUCCAGCCCAUACGAAAGCCGAUAUAAGCACUCUGAAGCAGAUCCUCGAGCUGACAAUCGAUAUCAUGCGUUCAUCGGGUGUCGGCGCAUUGCCAGUCCUCCCAGGACCCACCUCGCCAGGAGGGAUACCACCGGUGCCAACCGAACAACAACUCACGGAAAGGACGCAGCAAAGUCUGAAGAGAUUUUUUGACCAGGUUCUGCGGCAUCAGGAGAGCGCUGCGACAGCUGCCAACCUCUUGUCAGCAGAGAACAUAGGGAAGGUCGGGAAGUGA